AUGGAGACUCCUUUUACCGUUAAAGCUACGCCAGGAGGCGACAUCUGGAAGCAGCCCCCUUCCACCGACGUCUUCACUGCCCCUUUCCGUCCUCAUUCCAACGCGCCUCUCAAGCACUUCAUCUCCGCAACUCUCACCUUCCGCACAACCUACACCCACCAAUAUGACCAAGCCUGUCUUCUCUUGACUUUCACCAAGCCUACCUCGUCCACCCCUCGCAAGUGGAUCAAGACAGGUAUUGAGCUCUACAACGAGCACCCGCGCUACUCAACCGUGACAUGUGACAACUGGGCGGAUUGGAGUGUUGAGCAGGUAGGUUCUCAGGAUGAGGCUGGUGUCAAGAAUGGUGAGAAGAGCGUCACAGUUAAGGUGAUGAAGGUGGAGGAUGCCCUGGGUGUGUGUCUCUGGACGUACAGGAUUGAUGAAAACGGCGAGAAGACACCUCUGAGACAGACGAACUGGCCGUAUGGCGAGAACGGUGGUGAGGGCUGGGAACUGGAGGUCUCUGCUGCUGUAGCGCGGCCGAACAAGGACAUCAAGGAGGAGCUUGAGGCUACGUUUGACAAGUUCGAAGUGGAGUGGGAGAAGCCUACUGCUUAG